UCACAGCUCAUUCCAAGAAACGUCAUGGCUGAGCCAGACUGUAUAGACGGUGACAAUCCCGAACUAAGUAGGCCUCAGAAACUGAUCAAUCCUGUCAAAAACUCCCGGAACCAUCAGCAUCUUCACAGGGAACUUCUUAUGAAUCAAAAAACGGGUCUUGCAGCUCAGAAUAAACCAGGACUGCAAAAGGUGAUGGAAAAGAGAAAACGAGACCAGGUAAUAAAGCAGAAGGAGGAAGAAGCACAAAAGAAGAAAUCCAACUUGGAAACAGAACUAUUGAAACGGCAGCAGAAGUUGGAGCAGCUUGAACUUGAGAAGCAGAAAUUGCAGGAGGAGCAAGAGAACGCCCCAGAGUUUCUGAAGGUGAAAGGCAAUCUCAGGAGAACAGGCCGAGAAGUCGCCCAGGCCCAGGAGUCCUAG